CGAGCACCGCCAACUCCGUUUUCCCGGAGGGAUGACGAGCAUUCCGUGUCAUCAUAGAGUAUAGAAGACAUCCCACUCCUAUAAAUAUGUGUUGAGAUCCCAUCCAAAAAUCCAUCUCAUCCCAACAUAACACAACCAUCCAAACAUCCAAUCCUAUCUUAAAUCAUUUCAAACCCCUGCAAACCCAGCACCACCCCAACCAAUCAACAACCAAAAUGUCCCUCCCCCGCCGCGCCCUCAUCGCCAUAACCUCCGCCCAGGCGACCCUCUUCUCAGGCAAAGAAACCACCGGCCUCUUCAUCACCGAAGCCCUGCACCCAUACCUCGUCCUCACCGCCGCAGGCUUCACCGUCGACCUAGCCUCCGAAACAGGCACCUACACCCCCGACUGGCUCUCCCAGCAACCCGAUUUCCUGAACGGUGAAGACCUCGAAAUCUGGAACAAUCCCAACAGUGACUUCCGCAGAAAGCUCGACAACAUGACUAAAGCCUCUGAGCUAGAUCCCUCCCAGUACGGAGUCUUCUAUGCCUCUGCCGGCCACGCAGCUUUGAUUGAUUAUCCAACCGCCACUGGUCUGCAGAACAUCGCCGCCCAGGUCUGGGCUAACGGGGGCGUUGUGGCGUCUGUGUGUCAUGGGCCGGCCAUUUUCGCUAAUGUACUGGAUCUGGAGACGAAUGAGCCGGUGAUUAAGGGGAGGAAGAUUACGGGGUUUACGACCGAGGCGGAACAUACCAUGGGGAUUGCGGGAGAGUUGGAGGGGUGGAAGGCGGAGUUGGUGGAGGAGUUGGCGGGGAGGUUGGGGGCGGAGUAUGUGAGAGCCCCUGGUAUCUGGGAUGAUUAUCAUGUUGUUGAUGGGCGGUUGGUAACGGGACAGAAUCCGGCGAGUGCGAGUUCGACGGCCAGAGCGGUGGUGGAGGUUUUUGAGAAAUUGUAAUCAUUUUUUGUUCUAUCAUCAUCAGUUUGUCAAUCGAUGUCUCAAUCAGCUGUUUAAUAUGGUCUGAUGCAAGAAUCAAAUAUGCUAUCUGAC